CUACUCCGGGUAGUAAAAACUUCUAAAUAUUUUAAGCGUUAAGAACUUUGCAGCUUUAUUAUUGGGUAUGUAUCUGUUUGACUCCGAAGAAAUGUUCAAAUAAUUCAUUAUGUAUUCUUAAUAUAAUGGCGAAAAGUGCAUUUUUAUCAUCAGGUUUUUUAACAAUCGCAUUUGUGUCUUUACUCAUUGUGUUUAUUAUUCAUGUAACUGGCUUCACCUUGCCAAUAUGGACAACAGUAAAUCUGAACGUGAUGAUUUCAGAAUAUUCCUUACAGUCAGAGUAUCAUAUAGGAUUAUGGCAGGAUAGCUUCUGUAUUCAUGUAUAUGGGAAACUCGCGUGUUCUACUGUACCAAAACAUGAAUCUACAGGCAUUAUUAAGGCAGUGCAAAUACUGGAAACGUUUGCUUUGACCGGGCUCUUAGUCUCCGUUGUACUUUCUUUUAUUUUAAUAUUUAUAAGGCAAACCGGAACAUUAAAGCUUUUGAACAUAGCUUUUGUAUGUAGUUCAGGUAUAUUCAUUAUAAUAGGCGUUAUCGUGUAUGGAUUAUUUUGCAAUGGUGAUACUGAAGAAACAAUGAGUUACGUGACCUCUGUAUUAAAUACAUUGAAUGUCAGCAGUAAUUCUAUGAAGCUUGGUACAUCGUUCAUACUGUCAACUAUUGCUGGAUCAUUGUGUCUUUUCCUCUGUACAUUCCUAUUUAUCAUUGAGUUUCGAAGAAAUGAAGUUGAAGCAGCUUAAAAUCACUGUUAAAAUCACUGUUAAAAUCACUGUUAAAAUCACUGUUAAAAUCACUCAUGAAAAAUACCCCCGACAAUUUUAUGACCAAAUUUAUUUCAACUGACUCAGAUAUGCGAUCUUAAUUAUAUCUAACAUCAUGGUAUUGUUAUGUUCUUUAUUUUUUCUUGUUUCUUUUUAAUUGUUUUUGGCUUUCUUUUUCUUUUUUUGACAAAUCGCGGACACUUUCUAAUUAUAAAAAAUGCUGUUCAGUCAAGUGUGCAAUCGAAUACCAUUCUUUAUCAUUUCCAUAAAUUGCUGUAACAGUGUAUGAGAGAACAGAGUUUAUAUUGAUCUUGAUAGUGUCAUUGGAUAUCAUCCUUAUUUUAGAAGAAAUAUAAUGUCACAGUGACAUUCACGUAGAUUAUGUUGUGUGAAUUUUCCACUUUAAAUUUUGCAAAUGUGUUAACUAUGUAUACGAUAUUACAAUAAAGUGAAAAUGAUAACACAUUAAUUUAUUGACUCAAAUUUAUUUGGAAAUUGGUACUUUUUAUUAUUUUGUAGAGAAAGCAAAUUAUUUUAGGGUACGCUGCUAUUUGUUAAAUUCAAAGGACUCAUUCUAGAUCCAAAACUCCUAUACACAUUACAUAGAUCAUUUUUCCUUACUUGUGCGAUCAUAAAAAUUGAAAAUCAUGUGUAGUUGAAUUUUAUUGUAAUUCAUAUGACCGUCUCUUACAAUACUUUAUUGAAUGGCAAUGCAUUUAUGGCUUUCUUUCAA